CCAAAACUAAACCCUACUUUGCGAACCAAAUCACCAUCCUAUUAAACCCUAGAAUCAAAAAGCUUCGAUUUUUAUCCCUCUUUCGACUUCCCCUCUUCGAUUCCUCCUCAAGAUCCAACUUUUUUCUAUCCCUUUUGGACUCCGAGAUCUUGCCCUUUCUUUGUGGAUCCGUUGGUGUUGGAGAUCUGGCGAGGAGCUAGAGUUUUGUGGCCCGGAGCCCUGCCAUUUGGGGGCGGCGGUGACGGCGACGGCGACGGCGAAGGGAUGCUGGCAUUUUGGUGGCGGGCGGAGAAGGAUGUGCGGCGAGUGGUGCGGAGGUUUCUGGAGUUCUCAGUGGUGAUGAGGUCUUGAUCUCGGGUUGGGAGAGGGGAAGAUGCGUGUUCUUGUGAUGAUCCUGCUUUCUCUUCUCCCUCUGAGUUCUUGUGAUCCUGGAUCCAGCACACUUCAUAUAAACUUGUCACCGUCUGAGCACCGAACUUCUCCAACGGAUGAGAAGAAGUUUCCACUGGCUGAUGGUUCUCAUAUGCUUCAGUUUGACUUGUUAUCAAGACCGAAGCAGACACCGAGUAGAUCUUUCAAUUUCCUAUUAAAAGUACUAAAUCAGGCGAGAAUGAGAAUACUAGGCCCACCGACCACUCAAUUGUCGCGACAUGAAAGAUUGACCUUGAUACCCUCCGGGCCAUCACCUGCACCAGCGCCUUCUCCAAAACAUCAUGGCACAUCUAGACGACCUCAUAGGUCAAAGAAUCAUCGGAAAAGACACCCUUCAAUCUCACCUACUUCAUUUCCUCCACCUGAGGGCCAAGAUUGUGAUGGGUACUGUUCGGAACCGCUCACUCAAUCUCCAAUUGGAGCCCCUUGUGGUUGUGUAUAUCCUAUGCAAGUUGUGAUUGACCUCAGUGUGCCAGCAUAUCAGUUAUUUCCACGAAUUGCUGAGCUGGAAGUGGAAGUUGCAGCAGGCACAUAUCUAAAACAAAGUCAAGUGAGAAUUAUGGGUGCGAAUGCUAGUCUCCGUGAUCCAGAAUGGACUACAGUUGCCAUGGAUUUGGUCCCACUAGUUGAUAAGUUUGACAAUAUGACUGCUUUGCUAACUUAUCAGAGAUUUUGGCAAAAAAAGGUGCCAUUGGACAUGUCUCUCUUUGGUGAUUAUCAGGUGAUAUAUGUCCAUUAUCCAGGACUUCCGUCCUCACCACCAGGAAAUGCGUCAUCUGCAUUUGGGCCCAGUGGAAGCCAUGAAUAUCCGUUCACAGCAAAUGUCCUCUCUGGCAGGAGUCAGAAGAUGAAUGCCAGAACCAUUGCAGUAAUUGUAUUAUCGGUAUUCAUAUUUGUCUUGGUAUGUUUUGGAGUGACUUGCGUUCUAUUAAAAUGGAGAAAAUUUUCUGGACGAUCAGCAAGUACUGCCGGUCCUGCAUUUACUUUGCCAGUCACCAAAAGAUCUGGUUUUAAGUCUAUGAGAUCAAGCAGUUUAGCUAGCUCAACAACGGUUUCCCUUGGUUCCCACAUGGCUACUUGCCCUCCCACUGUGAAGACAUUUUCACUAGCAGAGCUUGAGAUAGCAACUGAGAAAUUCAGCUCUAAGAGAAUUUUGGGUGAAGGUGGAUUUGGGCGUGUUUACCAUGGAAUCAUGGAUGAUGGAAGUGAGGUUGCCAUAAAGUUGCUUACCAGAGAGGAUCAAAGUGGAGAUCGAGAAUUUAUUGCAGAAGUAGAAAUGCUUAGCCGGCUGCAUCAUCGGAAUCUUGUUAAACUGAUAGGAAUAUGUGUUGAAAAGCGCACUCGGUGCUUGGUAUAUGAACUUAUUCGAAAUGGAAGUGUGGAAUCCCAUUUGCAUGGUGCCGAUAAAACCAAGGCACCCCUUGACUGGGAAGCUCGAAUGAAAAUCGCCCUUGGUGCAGCAAGAGGUUUAGCUUACCUCCACGAAGAUUCCAACCCUCGUGUCAUACACCGUGACUUCAAGGCUAGCAAUGUUCUCCUGGAAGAGGACUUCACCCCAAAAGUUUCAGAUUUUGGUUUGGCUCGGGAAGCAUCAGAAGGAAGCCAUCAUAUCUCCACUCGGGUCAUGGGAACUUUUGGGUAUGUAGCUCCUGAAUAUGCAAUGACCGGGCAUCUCCUUGUUAAAAGUGAUGUCUACAGUUACGGAGUUGUCCUGCUCGAACUCCUAUCAGGUCGGAAGCCUGUUUAUAUGUCCCAAUCUCAGGGACCAGAGAAUCUUGUGACUUGGGCACGACCUCUCCUGACUACCAAGGAAGGUGUACAACAACUAAUCGAUCCUUCCUUGUGUGGAAACUAUGACUUUGAUAGCGUGGCGAAAGUAGCUGCCAUCGCCUCCAUGUGCGUGCACACGGAGGCAUCUCAAAGGCCGUUCAUGGGAGAGGUCGUGCAGGCACUAAAACUAAUAUGCAAUGACAUGGAUGAGACCUUUGAAGAUUCAUAUAGCCAGAGGGAAUCAUCUUCUGGUCCGGAUUGCUCCUUCAAGGGAGAUUUCGGCCUUGAGCACAGCUGGUGCUCCGACAGUAUCCCGCGCUUGACUUACAGCCAUGCCUCGCCUUUUGUAACCAUGGAAUACAGUUCCGGUCCUAUGGAAGAGAUGCAACAGCGGCACUCAGCGAACGCUUUGGUCGGUAGAGUAGAAUCAACAGUCAGGCAAAAUAGAUCAGGCCCUUUGAGAACUAUAAGGAAAAAGUCGAACUUUUACAGAUUAAGAGGGAGCAUGAGCGAGCACGGAGAUCUUCCCAAGCGCCGCAAUUUAGAUGGAUUCUGGAAUUAAGCUGAUGAGUUGCAACUUUAUUUUUCUGCAAGUGCAUUUUCCGAUCUUCUUUCGCUUCUCAAACCUGUACAGUUUCUGAGGGCCAUGGCUACUAAAUUCUAAUGUGUUGUUGUUGUUCUUUGUCAUCUGUGCUUUGUCUUUGCUGUGGGAUCCCAUGUUGUGUUGUUGUUUGUCAAGGGGUUAACCCACUGUUCAUAAUUUUGUUCAAAGAAUCUCCCAUUCAUUUCUCAUGUUGCAGCACCUAAUGUUUAACCUUCAUUUCCUGUUGUUUAUUGCUAACAUUUUUAUCAAA